AUGGAAAAUCGAAACUCGACGAUACCGGACAUAAAGUAUCGAGGUUUCAUGGUGAAGUUGUCGCAUCGACUUACUUCGCAAGAUACUGAAGAACUUAAGUACAUGUUGACGUCGGUUAUUCCAGCCGGCGUAAUGGAGUCGCUUGACACGACUUUGAAAUUGUUUCUUCACCUUGAGAAACAAUUAUUUGUUGGACCAAAUGAACUUUGGGAACUCCAAGAACUGUUUCGUGCGAUGGAAAGCCAAAGACUUUGUGACAUUGUUACCAACUUUAUCGCAGACAGCGAGAAUCGAAUGAACGAAAUUCCAGAGACGUUACAGUAA